AUGGCGGAGCUUGACCAGAUGUCGAUGUCGAGUUCAUUUGAAGGGAGUGGCCUCUCCAACUUCUACUCCAGCAAGUCCAAGUCGUUCACCAGCCUUGCUGAGGCGACAUCGACGAUGGCGGCUGCCAAGGAGCUUGCCAAGCCGGAGAACCCCUUCAACAAGCGGCGCCGCAUCCUGGCGAAUUGGUCCCGACGAACCUCCUGCAGCUCGCUCGCCACGGCCACCUACCUGCCCCCGCUCCUCGCCCCCGACCACGCCGUCGCCGAGGGGGAGGAAGGAGAGGAGGAUGACUCCGACUCCAACGAGUACAACCACCUCCCGCACCGCGGCAAGAACGUUAGGGAUGCGCCGGCAUUAUCGUUGCCUCCACCUAGGCUCAACGCGAACACGCAGAUGGGCAUGGCGAGCAGAAAUGGCCUUGGGACCUUCAGGUCUCCCAGGUCCUUCUCAUUAUCCGAUCUCCAAAAUAGCACUGAUACUUAGUGGCUGCAAAUUUGCAAUUAGCACUGAAUUCUGAUGUAUCUUGCCUAGUAGAGAA